CAGCAGCAGCCUAUUUGGCCGAGGCAGCUCUUCAGCUCGCUCUCUUCGUGCAACCUCUCCAAGAUCCGCGUCUGCUGACACGACCCGGAGGUGAGAGGCAGUUAAGACUAGAAAUUGGCCUCCAUGGAUCCAGGCGGCUCGAGAACUAUUAUUUCAACUCAGAUCGUGCCCCACAAGCUUUCUGAGACACCCAUAGGUCCAGAGGGCUCUGGAGCAGGGCCUCCGACUCAGAUUGUGACCCAACAACCUCAGAUUUUCUCCAGCGUUGGGGCCAGUCCUUCUCUUCAGAGGCCACUGAAGAAAUUUUAUGCCGGGGAGCCGCUGGCACUGGGGAUCAUUCAGAUACUCAUAGGCAUCACGGGAAUGGCUUUUGGGCUUGUGAUGAAUGUGGCGUCUAAUGACUUCUUGCUUUAUGCAGUCAUAAUGACCCCGUAUUGGACAGGAAUCCCGUACCUCAUUUCAGGAUCCCUGUCUGUGGCAGCUGCUAGCAACCCCAAGAAGCCGCUGGUGAAGAGCAUGCUGGGAUUGAAUGUGGUGAGUGCCAUAGCUGCUGGCCUUGGGAUUAUCAUCCUUUCUUCAUCUUUGGCUAUUUCAGGCCUGGGGUCUCAUGCCAGGUAUUGGUGCAGGAACCUUGAUACAAAACUGGCUCGUAGGUGUUACGAAACCAAAGUCAUCCCUGAGAACAUACUGUCUGGAAUGAUGGCUGUUCACCUGGCAUUCACCAUCCUCGAAUUCUGCAUCUCCAUCUCCACUGCUGCCUUUGGGUGCAAGACGGUGUGCUUGAAAACCCACACAGAAACGGUUGUGGUGGUUUACCAGAACACGAUUCUGGACAGUGCUAAUGCUGCCAAUCUCCCGGCUUCUGGCAAGGAUGCAGAGAACACCAAGUCUACAGAAGCCCACUCCCCAAACACCAUCAUGGAUUCAACUCUGACUGCGCCACCAUGGCCCUCCUCAAGGGCUGAGUCUGAUGCUUCUGUGCCAAAAUCAGUGAAGAGGUUUUAUCGGGGUGAGCCAUUGGCACUGGGGAUCACACAGAUCCUCCUCGGAAUCACGCACAUUGCAUUUGGAGCUGUGUUUAACCUAAUGGGCGAUCACAGAGGAUCUUACAUUGCUAUAGAACAACCACUCUGGGCUGGAAUCUUGUACAUCAUUUCGGGAUCUCUGUCUGUGGCAGCUGCCAGGAACCCCAAAGUGCCAAUGGUGAAAGGCAUGCUUGGAAUGAACGUGGUGAGUUCUGUGGCAGCCGGCAUUGGAAUUGUGUCACUCUGUUUCCAACUGGAAUUUGACACACCAGGAUGGGAAGCAGAAUACUAUUGCCAUUAUGAGUAUUCAGGCAAUACUACACUGUCAGAGUGCAUUAAAACUCGCAUACUCCCUUGGAACAUGUUGUAUGGAAUCAUGGCUGUCUUCCUGGUAUUCAAUAUCCUUGAGUUUUGCAUCACUAUCUCCACCGCUGCGUUCGGGUGCCAGACUGUUUGCCAGGACAACUACACCGAAACGGUUGUGGUGGUUUACCAGAAUGCGACCCCAGGCGAUGCUCUUGGUCUUCCAGCUGCUUGCAAGGAUCCCAAUUCCCCCUGAUUUGCUUCCUGUUCCACCCUCCUUGACUGCCAUCUCCUUCUGCAAAGUCAAGAGCAAAAAAAGGAUCAAUGUGUACUUAUGUGCCAAGCAGCUUUACUGGCUAGAACAAGAUUGUCUUCGUAACCAGAGGAAUACAAUGGAACUAUUUUGAUGAAGCGGCGUGGACAUUUCUUUUUUGAUAGAAGGGCAGCUUUAUAACUUUGAACUGACCUUUUAAAAGUAGAUCAGGGGACUAUAAGAAACCGGUCAAUGGGAGCCCUUAAAACAAAAGGGGUCAUUUUUAACAAAUACAGUAGUAAGGAUUUUCAAAACAAACUAUAGCGAAUGUUGCAUUGCCUAACUAUCCAUCAGCUGAGAGGAAGAAGAAGAAGAAGAAAGAUUGCAAAUAAGAUGUGGGUUGAUUGGAGGAAUAUAUACCAUUGAAAUUGCACUAGAUAUCUUGCAGCAAGAUAUGAAUGGAAAAAGGAAAUAUUAUACAAAUGUAUUAUGCUU